AUUUGACGCGUAAACAUGAAAAAGAAAUCAGUGAAGAAUUCGCGAAAACAUAAUUAAAUAAACAAAUAUUUUUGAGUUAUGCAUUUGAAGUAGUUUAAAUAGUAAUGGAUUCAACAGAUGUCAAAAUGGAUGCAAAGGUUGAGUUUGUUACUCAGAAAGUCCUUGAGAUGGAGAAAAGUCAAAGCUUAGAAAAAUGGAAUGAGGAGCAAGAAUCUGAAGAAAGUCUGCAAACAGGUAACGUUACCCAAAGCGUUGACAUAACAAAGGUCGAGAGUCCAGUUCAAGAGAUACUAGAUGCUGUAUUGCAACAAAAAGCUAUUCAACUAGAGCCAAUGGGUGAAACAGCUGUUAUGAAGGACCAUGAAAUAUCGAAUGAAUUAAGACCAAUGGAUACAGAAAUCGCAAUGGAAGCAACAGAUAGUUCUUCAAAUAUUACCAAAAAUCCGCCUGAAAGUGGCCUACAAACUCCACCUUCAACUGGUGGUUCACCAAGCUCACCAUCCACGCCUAGAUCACAAGUUGGUGAUACCACAUCAUAUAUUGAGUGUUUGGCGCAAAUUGAACGUCAACGAAAAAAUUAUGAACAACAGCUGGAACAAAUGCGAACUGCACUGGCGCAAAAGGAUAACAUGAUCACGUUGUACCAACGUGAAAACGCCAUACUUGAUAAGGAGAAGAAUGCUUUCCGAAAAGAGAAAGAACUCGCAAAUAAAGAAAAGGAAUCCACGGUCAUUAAGUUUGCUAUGAAAGAAAAACUUUUAUUGGACGCUAAAAAAGAGAAAGAAAUAGUAGAAAAACAACUCGCUGAUGCCAAGAAGGAAGUGAAAAAUGUUACCAUACGAUUUCAAGCUCUUCAUGAGGAGAAGUCUCGCAUGUCGUAUAUAAUCGAUGAAAAGUGUAAUGAAGUUCGCAAGUAUCAACGUGAAUGUGAAAAACUUAAAACCGAUUAUGGUCAUUUAGAAUCGAAACUCAAAUAUCAUGCCAACAAGCUGAAUAUUGAAAUAGAAUCAAGGAUGGCCUUGGAAAAGAAGUUGGAAGAAGAAAAAAACGCUCCCAACAAACUAGAGGAAAAAGCGAAUGAAAACUUAAAAAUGGAAUAUGAGGCAAAUACAAUUUUGUUCAAACACGAAAUCAAAAAUAAAACUGAUCAAAUCGAACUAUUAAACAAAGAGCUGAGCAAAGCGAAAGAGGAAAGUAGACUUUUGCAAGAAAAACUAAGCAACGAAAUUUUGUUGAAGAACGACUUAUCUUCUGCGCUAGGACAGCUCCAAGAUGACCAUAAUUCUCUGCAAAAUGCUUACAGCGAAGAAAUGUUAAACUCUGCUAAAUUGCGUUGCCAUUUAGAUGAACUGCAAGUGCUGAAAACCCAAAAUACGCUAAACGAGGAAAAAAUUGCUUCUCUUACGGAAGCUACGCUGGAAAUGAAGGACAAGUUGCAAGAUAAUGAACAGGAUUUACAUCACCUCCAUGCAAGAGAAACAGAGCUACUUAGUAUUAAUAAGGAAAUAAGUGAAUCGAUUGUUUCCUUGCAAAAUGAGAUUUGCCUGCUGAAGGCUCAGGUUCAAGGCGUCAGUGCUGAAAAUGAUAUUCUUAGAAAAGAAAAAUCUGAAUACGAUAGCAAGUACGACAAGUUGAUGGAUGAUUUGAAAAAUGAAGUUGAGAAAAAAUUGGAGGAAAGACAAUUACUAACAAAGCAUCUUUCAGAGAAAACAAAACUCUAUGAAAUAACAAAAAGUAAAUUAGAAAACGUUGAAGGUGAUUUCGAAGCGACUAAACAUAAACAUGCGACUGUUAUAAAGGAACUCCAACGUGAACUACAAAAGUACAAAAAGUCGACGGAACAUUUAAGAAUCACAGAAGGGCAUAUUUCGAGCCAAUAUUGCUCAAAAUGCAGAAAUAUUAUUAAUAAUGCCUUUGAAAGUAGCGAAGCUAGUAUGCCAUCUACUAAUGGGUUUGAAGAAAAUGGGACUGUUUCAACAGCAAAACCUCAUGGCACACAUAGUCGUACAAGCAGUCAAAGUAGUCUACCAAGUACAAGCCGACGGCCGAGUGAGACAUCUGAGUCAGAAACUAUGGCCAGUAGUGUCACAACUGUACAGCAAGAAUUACAGGGUCCUUCCAAAAAACACUUGGUUGAACGGAUAUUGCGACUUCAGCAGGCUUCCGCAAGACAAACAGAGAAAAUUGACUUCUUAGAAAAUCAUACACUCUCGCUUGUUGCGGAAUUACAGAAAAAGUCCAAAGUCGUCCAAUACUAUAUGUUGCGUGAUCAAGCAGGUGCACUUACCUCAACAAGAAGUGAUCAAAAUAAAUCGGAAUUGGCUAAAUAUGGCAAUGGUGUAAUGUCAGCUAUAUAUAAUGGCAUUAAAGGAGAUACAAAGAGUAUGACAUUGGAUUUGUCACUCGAAAUAAAUAAGAAGUUACAGGCAGUGCUGGAGGACACAUUGCUAAAAAAUAUAACAUUAAAGGAAAACCUGGAUGUGUUGGGGCUGGAAGUAGAUAACCUAACUAGAAAAUUAAGACUAAUCGAGUCCAGAGAAUGACAUAGACCAAUGUUUUAAAGUAGGAAGACUGCGACUUAUGUGGGCCACAAAUCUACUAACACAAUUUUUUAGUAUUAACUUAGGUUAAACUUUAAAUAUAAAGAGAAAGCAUUCCAUUUUGUAAGUUAGUUUUAUAUACUUACCAAACAUAGAAGAAAAAAUAUAUAUGUAUAUACAUGUACAAUAUAUGUAAAAACGUAUGUAAA